UAGGUAUAUAAAGAGCCGUUUUCCGGAACUUUUAGUCCUCAUCCAGCUCUUCAUCCUCCAAAAACAAAUCAACAUCAAUACUUUCCACUCAGAAUAAAAAUUUGACAAACAUUCAAAAUGGUCGCCAUUCAAUCCCUCAUCUCCAUUUUCGCCCUUGCCACAAUGGGCAGCGCAGCUCCUGCCGAGCUCACCACACGCGGCCAAAUUGCCAUUGGAAUGAAAUUGUUCAACACAGCCGGCUGUGAAGAAGCUCAAUACUUGACUCAACACCCUGUCCUCCUACCACCAAACGGAGUCUUGAAGCCAGAGGAGAGAGAAGUCGAUGUCUGCUACUCUGAGCUUGAUUAUGGGUCUCUCAGACUGAAUAAUGUCAAGCCCGGAUGCCAGUGGGAGAAGCAUUUUGCAGGAAGCUGCUCGGGAACCCCGAUUGAGAUUGUCAAGGAUACCGCUACCUGUGUUGGAGGGGAAACAUUCCCGAGAAACUUCUGGAAGGUGACUUGUGGUCAUUAGGUAAAUCUUGAGGCUGGCAUUGGAGGCGGCUGGAGAGAUUGUCUAGAUAGGAAGGUGCUGGCGACGGCAAAUUUUCUUUAUUAAUCAUUCAUGGGACAAGUGCGUGAUCUAGAUACAUUCUUUUGGAUUAUAAGAACUAGUUUUACAGUAGAAUUCAAC